GGCGCAGAGUCUGCGCGCUGACGUCCGACGCUCCAGGUACUUUCCCCACAGCCGGCCAGGCUUUGGCGUGGGGGCGGGGCGCGAGGCGUAGCGCGCAUGCGCCGCAGCCAGAGCGCUCUCCGCGGAUCGUGCGGGGCCUGAGCCUCUCAGCCGGCGCAGGCUCUGCUCGCGCCAGCUCGUCCCGGUCGUCAUGCCCACAACUAUCGAGCAGGAGUUUGAGGAGCUGGAUGCUCAUCGUCGCUGGCAGCCGCUGUACUUGGAAAUUCGAAAUGAGUCCCAUGACUAUCCUCAUAGAGUGGCCAAGUUUCCAGAAAACAGAAAUCGAAACAGAUACAGAGAUGUAAGCCCAUAUGAUCACAGUCGUGUUAAACUGCAAAAUGCCGAGAAUGAUUAUAUUAAUGCCAGCUUAAUUGACAUAGAAGAGGCACAAAGGAGUUACAUCUUAACACAGGGUCCACUUCCUAACACAUGCUGCCAUUUCUGGCUUAUGGUUUGGCAGCAGAAGACCAAAGCAGUUGUCAUGCUGAACCGCACAGUGGAGAAAGAAUCGGUUAAAUGUGCACAGUACUGGCCAACAGAUGACCAAGAGAUGCUGUUUAAAGAAACAGGAUUCAGUGUGAAGCUCUUGUCAGAAGAUGUGAAGUCGUAUUAUACAGUACAUCUACUACAAUUAGAAAAUAUCAAUAGUGGUGAAACCAGAACAAUAUCUCACUUUCAUUAUACUACCUGGCCAGAUUUUGGAGUCCCUGAAUCACCAGCUUCAUUUCUCAAUUUCUUGUUUAAAGUGAGAGAAUCUGGCUCCUUGAACCCUGACCACGGGCCUGCGGUGAUCCACUGUAGUGCAGGCAUUGGGCGCUCUGGCACCUUCUCUCUGGUAGACACUUGUCUUGUUUUGAUGGAAAAAGGAGAUGAUAUUAACAUUAAACAAGUGUUAUUGAACAUGAGAAAAUACCGAAUGGGUCUUAUUCAGACCCCAGAUCAACUGAGAUUCUCAUACAUGGCUAUAAUAGAAGGAGCAAAAUGUAUAAAGGGAGAUUCUAGUAUACAGAAACAAUGGAAAGAACUUUCUAAGGAAGACUUAUCUCCUGCUUUUGAUUAUUCACCAAACAAAAUAACAACUGAAAAAUACAAUGGAAACAGAAUAGGUCUAGAAGAAGAAAAACUGACAGGUGACCGAUGUACAGGACUUUCCUCUAAAAUGCAAGAUACAAUGGAGGAGAACAGUGAGAGUGCUCUACGGAAGCGUAUUCGAGAGGACAGAAAGGCCACCACAGCUCAGAAGGUGCAGCAGAUGAAACAGAGGCUAAAUGAGAAUGAACGAAAAAGAAAAAGGUGGUUAUAUUGGCAACCUAUUCUCACUAAGAUGGGGUUUGUGUCAGUCAUUUUGGUUGGCGCUUUUGUUGGCUGGACACUGUUUUUUCAGCAAAAUACCCUAUAAAUAAACAAUUUUGCCCAGCAAGCUUCUGCACUAGUAGCUGACAGUGCUACAUUAAUCAUAGGGGUUUGUUUGCAAACGCCUCAUAUCCCAAAAAUGGUGCAGUAGAAUAGACAUCAGCCAGAUAAGUGAUAUUUACAGUCACAAGCCCAACAUCUCAGGACUCUUCACUGCAGGUUCCUCGAAACCCAAACUGUAAAUGGCUGUCUAAAAUAAAGACAUUCAUGCUUGUUAAAAACUGGUAAAUUUUGCAACUGUAUUCAUACAUGUCAAAUACAGUAUUUCACCUGACCAACAUUGAGAAAUCCUUUAUCACAGGAUUUGUUUUUGGAGGCUAUCUGGAUUUUAACCUGCACUUGAUAUAAGCAAUAAAUAUGGUUUUAUCUACAUUAUUAAUGGAAAGAAAAUGACAUUUAAUGUGUGUAAUGUAUAAUGUACUGUUGACAUGGGCAUCAACACUUUAUAUUCUUAACCAUUUCAGGGUAAAUCUAUUUUAUAAGUAUCUAUUUAAUCUUACUUUUGUAGUUAACUGUACUUUUUAGAAGCUCAAUUUGAAAAAUCUGUUACAUAAAAAAAUAAAUUGUAUGUUGAUUCAAUUGUACUGGAUACAUUUUCCAUUUUUCUAAAGAGAAGUUUGAUAUGGGCAGUUAGAAAUCGGAAUGAGCAAUUUCUUCUAUAUAUUGCAUUUCUUUUAUGUUUUACAGUUUUCCCCAUUUUAAAAAGAAAAGCAAAGAAACAAAAGCUUUUCCUAAAAAUAUCUUUGAAGGAAAAUUCUCCUUACUGGGAUAGUCAGGUAACAGUUGGUCAAGACAUUGUAAAGAAAUUGGUUUCUGUAAAUCCCAUUAUUAAUAUGUUCAUUUUUCAUGAAAAUUUCAAUGUAAUUACCCGAAUUUAUAGUUGGGGUAAAUCAUGAUUUAGGAAGUAAAAGUAAGAAGAAGCAUUUUAUGAUUCAUGAUUUCAGUUUACUAGAUUGAAGUUUUGAAGUAAACAUUUUUCAGGUUCUUUCUACUUCAAUAAAUAGUAUAAUAAUAUGCAAACCUUACAUUGUCAUUUCGGCUUCCUAAUGAGUAUUUUUUAAAGCAUACUGUUUAAUGAAUUUAACUGCUCAUUUGAGUUCUAGUUUUCUUCAGAUUUCAACAUUCCAUUCAGUGUUUUUGUCUUAAACUUGAAAUUGUUGUUAUAAAUUUAAUUGCUAGGAGGCAUGGAUAGCAUAUGAUACUAUGGAGAGCUUACAUUAUUUCAUUGGUUUUCAAACUAUGCUAAUUAGAUGUCCAGGAGGGUCAUCAAAAGGUUACUUUCAACCACAAAAUCUCUGCCUGUCUCUUUUUAUAUGCUAUGUAAGAUUUCUGCAUAAGGCUUAAGUAUUUUAAAGGGGGCAGUUAUCAUUUGAAAACCACUGGUAUAACUAGAUACUUUGGAUUGAUUUGCAUAGUCUCCUUGAAUGUGUUAAAUUAUGCUGAAAGCAUGAAAGCAGGAUGUAGGCAGUACUACAUAUUAAAUAAGGUUUCUAUAA